GAGAGUGUGUGAUGCAGCUGUGCCCAAGUUUUACGGACCGAGUAACCUUUCGACGCACCUCUGCGGAUCAGCUACGCGCGUUUGUAUAAUCCCGGUGGUCGAUUCCGUUACGGGAUGGAUCGAGUGAUGGUAUGCGACCAAAAACCACGUUUACACUAUUCAUGACGAGAAAAUGUGCGCAUUGAUCGGUAAUGCAUUGACCCAUGGCAGAAGCCACUGCUCUGCAUUUUUGUCUCUGCAAUAUGCAUAUAUUAUUGCAUAUUUAGUAUCAACUAUCGAAUGCAGCCAUCAUCUAUACCGCACUAUCGAUUUAUCAAAAUAAUAUUUCGGAAUCGAAGCGGAAAGGCAUUUUACUUUAAUAGCUUGACAAUACUGUUUGUGUGAUUGGAUAACCCGCUCAGGAUUGUUGUCAAUAAUGUCCCAAGGUUUAGCGGCUACCAGGUUUACCGAAAACGCGAAAUUCAAACCCGGGCGCGGUGCUCGCAUGUCACUUGAUGUUGAUUAUGAACUCAGUCAGGAGAAGGGAUGUUUGACUUUCAUAAUUGCAAAUGCUGGAGGCAUAUGCACAAAUUAUUGCGUCCACCGGAAGUUGCACUAUUUUUUUCGUUUUUUUUAUUACGAACUCCGUGGGCUAUGACAGCAGAUGUGAUAUUAAUUAGUGUGCAUAUUGGUAAUAAUCCUCUGUAUGGAUACUUUGCUGCGGCACCUGUCUACAAUGUUGCGGUUAAACACAUCAAGCAAAUAUAUCCAACAACGUUAAGCAGUCUGCGGCACAUACCGUUAUUCUUACCUGGAUAUGACCUUUGCGCCGAUGGUGGUGAUCGUAUGAAUGAAUUUGUUACGGCUUUUUAUUUUACUCAUCCGGAAAUAUUUAAAAACAAAAGCGUAUAUCCAGUUUUCGGAAGCCCAGAAUGCACAAAUCAGGCUUUGGCACUGGCUGACUUGUCACGAGAGUUCGAUCUGCCGCUUUUCACAAGUGUUGCCGGUGAUUCACGUUUGACCAACCGCAAACGUUAUCCCACAACUUCCGCAAUAGCACCUCUUGCCGGUCCUGAUGUGUUAGGCUGUGUUGACGCCCUGUUGAAGCGCUUCAACUGGAAAACGUUAGGCUUAAUCUGUGAUAGUAUGAGCCAUCUUCCGGGUCUUGCAAAUUUCUUUUACGCCCGGUGUGUGGAUUUACGGAAGUUUCUUACAAAUCAAAAAUACAACUGGUACAAUAAAGAAUACGACUCAGCAAAGGAGCGAGAUUUUCAUAGUUAUCUGGCCUUCCUGAAAGAUUCUGUUCGAGUGUUCCUUAUAUUGACCAUUCCGGAAUACCUUUGGGAGUUUAUGGUUACCGCUUAUUCGAUGGGUCUGACGAAUGGAGAAUACGUAUUCAUCGCUAUACAGCCCACAAAACGACCCGGCAUUGAUACUGUUUCAUGGAGCGCCGGAACAAACAAUGACCUGGGUGCAAUGGAGGCUUAUAAGACGCUGAUUGUCGUAACUGGUGUUGUCCCCAAUUGGAACACAAUAAUUAACCUAACGUCGGAAAUAUCUACUACAGCACAGAACUUGUUCAACUAUUCAUAUCCGCCUAAAGAUAAGGAAAAUGACAUGCAAAUUGGAAUUUACGAAUCGACACGGAUGAUGGCUCAGGUAUUCGACGAAAACUAUCCUGCAGUACUGGGAAUGCCGAAAGCCAAAUUCAUACAAAAGUUUUUCAAUCGCUCAUUUAAUUUUGCUGCCCGAAAUUUUUCACUGGAUGCUGUGGGUUCGAAAAUAAAUGAUGUUCCUGUUCUGAGACUGAAUUUGCUGACAAAAAUAAUGGAGCCGGCCAUGGUGUUCGAUACUGUGGCAAUGAAAUUUUAUGGUGUCAAAAACGAACUGUGGUACUGGGUCGGCAGAAACACUUCUCCUCCCGACAAGCCUUUAUGCGGUUUUCGCGGAAACGAAUGCGACAACAGUUCGCCCUUAAUGCUUGGAGCCAUUGCCGGUGGAGUUGCAGCAGGGGUUAUUAUUUCACUGACUUUGGGAAUUGUUUGUUACAUACGUUACUGCGGACACGACGAUCACAUGCGCUGGCUGCUGGAUCCAUCAGUUGUGACCCUUCAGACUAAUGCACUUACGGUUGAGGACUCUCCCUGCAAGAUGUAUCUGGGCCGGAAGGGAUUUUUAGGCACCCACGAGAUCUACGCUCUUCCAAUUAAGCCGACUACUACUGUCGAUGGCGAAGCAAUCAAGAAAAACAAGAGACUUCGUAGACUACUUCAUGAGCUACACCAUCUUCAACAUGCGAAUAUUUCUCACUUUUUCGGAAUUGUUUGUCCUGUUAAGAGCAACGAAAUUCUCUUAAUAUCCAGUGGAGGCGGUAAAGGAAGUCUACGGUUGUUGUUGGAUGGACAGAUGCAGAUGCUAUCGGAUGAAAGAGUCCUGUCAUCCGUUUUAAAUGAUUUGCUUGAAGGCAUGGAUUACCUGCAUGGAAAACAUCACGGUCAUCAUGGAAACAUUACCAGCCUCAACUGCAUUAUCGAUUCCAGAUAUAUUUUGAAACUAUCCCACAUAAAUCACUUGAGACUUUAUCAUGACCUUUAUGCAACGAGACCAAUAAUAAAUUGGUCUUCAGCUGAUUAUCGGACUAUUGACAUGUUAUGGAAAGCGCCGGAAAUCCUUGUUGUACGAAAUAAUAUCGAAGCAUUUCUGAGGAAAUGCUCCACUAAAGAAUGUGACGUAUAUGCAUUUGGAGUUAUUUUCUUGGAAGUAAUAACAAAAUUCGUGCCUUAUAAUGUGAUUUUUGACUCGGAAAAAUCAGUGGAAGCUGCGCUACAAAUAGCCGCUCAAACUGGUUCGCAUACCAAAGUUAUUCCCAUUCCGUUUGAUCAACUUCCGGAGAAUGCUGUGUACUUAGUCAACAAGUGCUUUUUACCGCCGCAUAAGCGACCAACAGUCAAAACGCUCAAAAAAGAUCUCCAAAAAUAUCUUCCGAAAUCACACGACCUAAUAAGGUAUUUAAGCAAGAAACUACAAGAGUAUUCUGAAGAAUUAGAAGUGCUGGUAUUGGAAAAAACGCGGGAACUUGAGAUCCAGCGGUUAAAAGUGGAAGAUAUACUCAGCGAAAUUUUGCCCAGCAUCGUGAUCCAAAAAUUACGCAGCAAGGAAACUAUUUCGCCGGAGCUGUACAAAUGUGUGACCAUCAUGUUCAGCGACGUCCCGGCAUUUUCUGAUAUGGUACAACGGCGUCCACCCAGUGAUUCCAUAUCGUUUCUGACACUGCUGUAUUCCAUUUUCGACGAGAUUCACGGCAACUUUGACGUGUACAAAGUGGAGACCGUGAAGGACAUCCAUCUUGUUGUUAGUGGUCUGCCCCAGCGCAAUGGUGAUACGCAUGUCUUCCACAUAUGUGAUUUCUCGUUGGCGUUCCUACAUUCCGUUAAACGAACUAACAGCAUCGCGACAUCCCAAUUCGACACCACAUUGCGUGUAGGAAUUAAUUCAGGCCCGUGUGCAGCGGGAGUUAUUGGCCUAACCUUGCCAAGAUAUUGCCUAUUCGGGGACACGCUUAAUACCGCUAGCAGAAUGGAAAGCACUGGAGAAGCUGGUAAAAUCCAGAUCAGCCAGUUUACACGGGAACUUAUUGGAGACUAUUCUCCAUAUAGCAUAACCCUGAGAGGGUUUGUGGAAGUAAAGGGUAAAGGCUCGAUGCGCACAUACUGGCUAUCAAAUUCUGAUACGAACUGACAACAGACCCGAAGGAGCCAGUUACAACCUUAAAAAAUUCUUAAUGCCGGAGGAAUUUUUUCUACUAGCGCAUCUUCCGUUCUGUAAGAGAUGCGGCGUGCUGUUGGUGUUUUAUUUUCUUGAAUAACAAUUUAAAUGCCAAGCAUAUUUGUAUGGAGAUGUGCAUAUCAGCGUGCAAGAAAGUACUCUUUUGAGUUAUGAAUCAACUGCAGUGGCUAACGUGCAGCAUGCUUCCUG